AUGUCUUCAACAAGUAACCCUUUUCCCCUUGCGUCGGAGAGCUAUGAUGAUAGUGCUCCCGGUGCCGACUCUGGCACCGAGGCGGGUGCUGCUGGUGACAGCUCAGGCAACUCUGUUUCUAUCUCUCAAGGCGGCAUGAUUGCUAUCAUCAUUGUUGUUGUUGUCGUCAGUUUGAUCGGCAUCUCCACAGCCGCUCUCUUUUUCAUAGCAAAGAGGCGCGAAUGGACAAUGCGAGAGACAAUCAGGAAGUCCGCCCGCAAAGUUGUUACAGCUCUUACACCGCGGAGAACAGAGUUCCCUUCAUCAGUCAAAGACGGACCGGUUCCAUCUCAUCGUAAUCGUACAAGAAUUGCUGAUGAUGAUGUCCCUCCGACACCAAGAAUUCGGCCUGAGGAUCUUGAAAAGGGUCUAGCUCAAGCCAAGGCAAAGCGUAAGGAGAAGAAGUGGUUGAAGAAGUGAAAAAGCAGCAGCAGAGGGAGAUCCUCAAUGUGGUGUGCAACUGGCAGUCACGCUGGCAGGAGUGGUCAUAGAAGUUGUCAGCCACGUAUUUGAUGGUUGUGGUCUUAAAUUGGUGUUUCCAACGGACAGGAUCCGGGUAUCAUCCAUGUAUAAAUAGUAACCUUCCACGCAUGGGCUGUCUCAUCUUUACUCCACGAACUGAGUAUUAACGCCUUUGCUAUUCUGAUAAUGAAAUCCAAGCGCCUGUUUUGUCUUUCUCG